AUGGCGACGAGUAACGACGGCUCUUCCUCUGGAGAAGAGCGUGAAGCUCCUGAAGUAACGCCGGCGUCGUUCCCUGUGACUCCGACGCCACUUCCACCUGCUUCCAUAGAAGCUAUCAUGGCGCGCCUUGCGCAGCAAGAUGCAGACCAGAAAGCGGCGACAGACCAAAUCGCGGCGCUCGCAAAGAUCUUAGCUCCUCUCGCUGCGAACGUGGAAGCCUCGACGACACAAUACCGAAGACAUUUGUUUAACACAGAGAGAGCGACUGGCGCAGCACAGACGCAAGCUGUCGACCAAGACGUCGACGACGACGUGGCCCAAACCCCUAGGGGUCUUGAUGCGCAAACGAUAAACGAGCUCGCCGUGUUGAAACAGUCGGUUCUCGAUAUAAACUCCAAGAUUCAUCACGUAACUACGUCCGCUCCCCAGAUCGAGCGGGUCCUCGCGGAGUCUCUCCGGACACCGUUCACUGAGAAAAUAACGAAGGUUCGCCUCCGAAAGAUGGAAAAGCUCCGUCUUCCGACCUUCGACGGUGUUUCCGACCCUUCUGCUCACGUCACAUCCUUCAAUAUCGCGAUGCGACGCGCGAACCUUUCUGAUGAAGAAAAAGACACCGGUUUUUGUCAACUUUUUGUCGAAACCCUAGAGGGCAUCGCUCUUAACUGGUUCACCGGCCUUCAGAAGAACUCCGUCGAUAGUUUUCACGACCUCUCAACGGCUUUCCUCAAAAAUUACAUCAUGUUCACUCGACAGGAGGCCACCGCCACGGAUCUCUGGAAUCUCAACAAUGCAAACGGGCAAAGCUUGAGAGAUUUUAUGGAAAAGUUCAAAUCUAUUGUCUCGAAAGUCGACGUACCGGACCACCUAGCCGUGGAGUCAUUGAUGAACACCCUCCAUAUUAAGUUGCCAUUUCGGGCUGACCUCCACCGACACCCAACGAGAUCGGUACCGGAUGCAAUCGCUCGAUCCAACAACUUCAGUCGAAUGGAGGAGGAUACCAAAGCUAAGGCGGCGAAAGAAGCAGCGGGAAAACAGACUCCCGCCCGGACGAACUACACUCGUCAUGAACCACACCAACAUUCUACAGGUGGCAAGCCCAACCAGAAGAAGGGUUAUAUGAACGCUGUGGACGAUGGAGAACCCUCAGGCUCCGCCAUUGUGGUGCGAGUGAAGGGAUGGAAUCGUUGGGAUCGAGACACCAACCAGCAGAAGUCUAGUUCUCCCGAACCAACAAGCUCAAGUAUUACGGAGCCGAGCAAAUGGUGUUCUUAUCAUGAAGUCAAAUCACACGACACAAAGGAUUGCAAAGUUCUUUACAGACAUUUCCUCAAGUCCAUCGAAAGUGGGAAAAUCGAUCAAUGA